GACAGCCGGGCGCCGCGAGGCCGUGCCACCUGCGGGCGGGCCGGCCGGAGCGGGCACCCCAGCCAGGCCCCCUGCCCGGGCACCCGCGUUCAUGCAACGCCUGGUGGCCUGGGACCCACCAUGUCUCCCGCUGCCGCCGCCGCCAGCCUUUAAAUCCAUGGAAGUGGCCAACUUCUACUACGAGGCGGACUGCUUGGCUGCUGCGUACGGCGGCAAGGCGACCCCCGCGCCGCCCCCCGCGCCCAGAGCCGGGCCGCGCGCCCCGGCCGGCGAGCUGGGCAGCAUCGGCGACCACGAGCGCGCCAUCGACUUCAGCCCGUACCUGGAGCCGCUGGGCGCGCCGCCCGCCGCGGCCCCGGCCAGCGCGGACACCUUCGAGGCGGCUCCGCCCGCGCCCGCGCCCGCCCCCGCGCCCGCCUCCGCCUCCGGGCAGCACCACGACUUCCUCUCCGACCUCUUCUCCGACGACUACGGGGGCAAGAACUGCAAGAAGCCGGCCGACUACGGCUACGUGAGCCUGGGCGGCCGCCUGGGCGCCGCCAAGGGCCCGCUGCACCCCGGCUGCUUCGCGCCCCUGCACCCGCCGCCGCCGCCGCCGCCGCCCCCGCCGCCCGCCGAGCUCAAGGCCGAGCCGGGGUUCGAACCCGCGGACUGCAAGAGGAAGGACGAGGCGGGCGCGGGCAUGGCCGCCGGCUUCCCCUACGCGCUGCGCGCCUACCUCGGCUACCAGGCCGUGCCCAGCGGCAGCAGCGGCAGCCUGUCCACCGCGUCGUCGUCGUCCAGCCCGCCCGGCACCCCGAGCCCCGCCGACGCCAAGGCCGCCCCGGCCGCCUGCUACGCGGGCGCGGCCGCCGCCGCCCCGCAGGCCGCCAAGAGCAAGGCCAAGAAGGCGGUGGACAAGCACAGCGACGAGUACAAGAUCCGCCGCGAGCGCAACAACAUCGCCGUGCGCAAGAGCCGCGACAAGGCCAAGAUGCGCAACCUGGAGACGCAGCACAAGGUGCUGGAGCUCACGGCCGAGAACGAGCGGCUGCAGAAGAAGGUGGAGCAGCUGUCGCGGGAGCUCAGCACCCUGCGGAACUUGUUCAAGCAGCUGCCCGAGCCCCUGCUCGCCUCCUCGGGGCACUGCUAGC